AUGCUCACUACAUUGGCCUACUCUGUUGGCCUCGUCGCCGCGCUCGACUGCCGCCCCGAGGGCCCCGUCCUGCCCAAGCCCGCCCAGCUCGGCGACGCCGCCACCUUUCGCCGUGCGGCCGUCGACCUCGCGCACACCUUUGACGCCCUCGCGUCGGGCAAGAUUGCCGUGCCCUGGCCUGCGGAAAACGUCUCGUUUUCCGUCGCCGUCGUCUCCGCAGACCAGGGUGAGGACGAGCCGCUGUGGCAGUACCACCACCGCGCGGCCGCCAACGUCGACGGCACCGACACCGUCGACGCCGACUCGCAGUAUCUCAUCGGCAGCGUCUCCAAGAUGGUCACCGACUACAUCCUGCUGGCCGCGGGCAUGGACCUGGACGUGCCGGUCAAGACGUACCUGCCGCGGCUCAACGGCUCCGCGGAGUGGGAUGGCAUCACGCUCAGGAUGCUGGCGUCGCAGAUGGCCGGCGUGCCGACCAACUAUGGCUUCUCAGAGUACUACUUUCUCAAAGACGUCUACCUCGCGCUCGGGUUCCCGCCCAUUAACGAAUCAGACUAUCCACCCUGCGGCGUCAUCGGUUUCAACGACGGCUGCACAGCACAGCAAUUGGAAAUCGGACUUCGCGACUCAUAUCCCGUCGCCGCGCCCGGCUCCCGCCCUGCAUACUCCAACGCCGCCUUUGCCCUCAUCGGCCUCGCCGUCCAAGCCCACACGGGGCUCAACUACACCCAGCAGGUCCACGACCUCGUCUCCUCGCCCCUCAACCUCACCUCCACCCGGCCCUCGCCCGGCGACGCCCGCAGGGCCGUGAUCCCGCCGGGGGACAGCGGCUGGGGCGCCGACUACGGCCUCAACGCGCCCCAGGGCGGCCUCGUCUCCUCCGUCGCCGACCUGUGCCGGCUCGCCCGCGCCAUCCUGUCGCGCACCGCGCCCGCGCUCUCGCCCGCGCAGACGCGCCAGUGGCUCAAGCCCGCGUCCUUUGCCGGCGGCAUGACCUCGGCCGUCGGCAUGCCCUGGGAGAUUCGCCGCCACGCCAACCUCACGGGCGCUCACCCGCACCCCGUCACCGUCUACGCCAAGAGCGGCGCCGCGCCGCUGUACCGCAGCCACUUUGCGCUGGUCGACGAGUACGGCCUGGGCAUCGUGGUGCUCACGGCCGGGGACAUGGAUGCCGUCACGCACAUCUACGACGCGGCGCUGUCGGUGCUCGUCUCCGCGGCGGACAGCGUCACGCGGGAGCACGCCAGGGCCGAGUAUGCACAGGAAUUCACCGGCUGCGGCAGCGGCAACGCAAACAAUACUGUCAAGGCGCGGCUGACGCUGGAUGAGGAUUCGCUUGUCUUGUCGGCAAUGUCUCGCGGCAACGCGGAUAUUCUCGCCGGAUGGCUCAAGGUGUUUAACGAGUCGCUCGGCGCCUUUGGGCCCAAGAUAUCCGACACGGUCCGUCUGUUUCCAACGGAUCUGAGUGAGAAUGUUGCCAUGGAUGACGGCGAGGUGGGCGUCAAGGAGGUGUGGCGUCUGUGGCCCGACCUUGCUGCACCUGCCGUGGUGGACUUGCCAGGCUCCGGGCUGGACAAGGAUGACUGCCUGGGCUGGACGCUGGGCGACUGGAUUCACUACGGUGGCGAGCCUCUGGAUCGCGUCAUUUUCUAUCGUAGAGGUACCAAGGUAACUGGCUUUGAGGUGCCGUUUCUUCGCUCCGGUGUCAUGAAGGUCCCAGCUUAA